AUGGCCUCGCGAAAGCUCCUGCCUUUGGUCCUCCGAAACUCCCUCCGCCGCUCCGCCGUGAUCGGGCGCCAGCCUCUGUCUCGCCCUUCACCUGCGGGGCUUCUGCUGAGGCGCGGGGUGGGCUACGCCACCUCCGCCGCGGCUCCGGCGGAUGCGCGGGCGCCGCCUGUGAAGCCUGGGUCCGGCGGCGGGAAGGUGACGAAUGAGUUCACGGGCGCCGGCGCCAUCGGGAAGGUAUGCCAGGUGAUCGGCGCUGUGGUGGACGUGAGAUUCGACGAAGGGUUGCCGCCGAUCAUGACGGCGCUGGAGGUUCAGGAUUUCCCGGUGAGGGUGGUUCUCGAAGUGGCGCAGCAUCUGGGCGAGAACAUGGUGAGGACUAUUUCCAUGGAAGGCACUGAAGGGCUUGUUCGAGGCCAGAAGGUCCUCAAUACUGGCGCUCCUAUUACGGUCCCAGUUGGCAGGGCUACACUUGGCCGUAUCAUGAAUGUUAUCGGAGAGGCUGUUGAUGGGAGUUCUGAAAUCAAAUCCGAUCAUUAUCUUCCCAUCCAUAGAGAAGCUCCAGCCUUCGUCGAGCAGUCGACUGGACUAGAAAUCCUCGUUACUGGAAUCAAGGUUGUGGAUCUCCUUGCUCCAUAUCAAAGGGGUGGAAAAAUUGGGCUGUUUGGUGGUGCCGGCGUGGGGAAGACAGUGCUUAUUAUGGAGCUAAUCAACAAUGUUGCCAAGGCUCAUGGCGGUUUCUCUGUGUUUGCUGGUGUCGGCGAGAGAACCCGCGAGGGCAACGAUCUGUACAGAGAAAUGGUUGAGAGUGGUGUCAUCAAGCUUGGUGACAAGCUAAGCGAGAGCAAAUGCGCUCUUGUAUACGGCCAAAUGAACGAACCUCCAGGCGCUCGCGCUCGCGUUGCACUUACUGGACUGACAGUCGCCGAGCACUUCCGAGAUGCCGAAGGCCAGGAUGUGCUCCUAUUCGUUGACAACAUCUUCCGCUUCACUCAGGCUAAUUCUGAGGUGUCUGCCUUGCUGGGUCGCAUUCCAUCAGCUGUUGGUUACCAACCAACCUUGGCUUCAGAUCUUGGCGGCCUUCAAGAGCGAAUCACUACGACUAGGAAAGGCUCGAUCACAUCGGUCCAAGCUGUGUAUGUGCCGGCUGAUGACUUGUCUGAUCCUGCCCCUGCCACCACUUUUGCGCAUCUAGACGCGACAACUGUCUUAUCCCGACAGAUCUCAGAGCUUGGCAUUUACCCUGCUGUGGAUCCCCUGGACUCAACAUCUCGCAUGCUUUCUCCUCGCAUUCUAGGAGAAGACCAUUAUGGCACUGCUCUUGGUGUACAGAAGGUCCUCCAGGAUUACAAGAGCCUUCAGGACAUCAUUGCCAUUCUGGGAAUGGAUGAGCUUAGUGAAAACGACAAACUCGUUGUCGCUCGCGCUCGCAAGAUUCAGCGGUUCUUGAGCCAGCCAUUCCAAGUUGCAGAGGUGUUCACUGGCUCGCCUGGCAAGUACGUCGAGUUGAAAGAGACUGUCACGAGUUUCCAGGCUGUUCUGGAUGGGAAAUACGAUGAGCUUCCCGAGCAAGCGUUUUACAUGGUUGGGGGAAUCGAAGACGUGCUCGCGAAGGCAGAGAAUAUCGCUAAGGAGAAUGCAUGAUUUUUGUUUUCUCAUUUGGUAGGUAAGAGCUAUACAUUUUUUUUGUUGGGUGGUGGUGCCAAUGUGAACUGGCCACACUGCUAAAGUUUUCCUUCCUGGAGAUGACUGUCACUUACAGUGCAAAUUUUUGGUUUUGUUCUUGUUUUUGUUGAGCUAUUUCCUUACUUUAGUUGGAUAAAUACAAACUACCCGCAUUCGUUA